AUCAAUAUGUAUAAUUCAUAAAUGAGAGAAUAAUUGAGGAGUAUUGUGUAAUUAACCCUUUGUUAAUACGGUGGCCUAUCCUCUCGACAAAAAACCUUCUCGUCUCUCUCUCCGCUGAAACAACAGAAGCCGUCUCUCUCUCUCUCUCUCUCUCUCUCUCUCUCUCUCUCUCUCUAUCUAUCUCUCUAUCUAACGAAGCUGAAGACUACGGUAGACAUAACUCAGGUGUAGCAAUGGAAACAGAAAAGAAAGCUGAGCUUGUACGUCUGCUCAAAGUUCUUCCCCCUGUAGAGUUCUGCUGUGUUUAUGGCUCAGCCCUCCAUCCAAAUAAUAGCGACAAGAAUCUGAAAAUGAACCGUGAUCACUAUGCCUCAUGGAUGGUACACCUCGGUGGGGCAAAGCUGAUUACUGAAGUUGCGGAUGAAAUUGGUGUUGGAGUGCACUUCAACCCAUUUGUUACUUGGGAGGACAAGAUGUUCAAGUACGGAGUUGUUCGAAUGGAUGACUUGGUUCGGGAUGUACUGAAUUGGGAGAGGUUCUAUUUGAGUGGUCGUUUACAAAAACCUGUUCAUAUACUUGUGGAUAACUUGGCAAUGGGAAAUUUAAACUCUGUUAAUUUGAGGGCUGCAACCUCUGCUGCUCUGCUGCUUUCUCCGUCCAAAUUCUCCGAGUUUAUGCAGGAAAAUCUAUAUGCCAAGAUAUGUAGUCUCUCGUACAUGGGGGACUUGCGUAUGCUUUUUGCAGAGGACAAAAAUAAGGUGGAGAAGAUUGUACAAGGACAAUUCGAAUUGUUCCAGACAAUGUAUAAGCCAUUUCUAGAAGAAUAUGCAGCCAAGGAUUUGUUGACAUUCUCUUCUUCUGCUGGUAACCAAGUAAAUUUUUCUCAGGAUUGUGGUUUAUCUGCAGCUUCCUCCCUUGUUUCUUGUCUUCCUCCGACUGUCAGAGGCGAGAUGGCGUUGAAGUUGGGAGAAAAGAAAAAACGGAGUGAAUCUGGUCAAGUUACACGUGAAGUUGUAAUCAGUUCGAGAAAGGAAGCUGCAGAAUGCAUGCAGAAGAUCGUGAGGCACAGGGUAAUGGUUUCAAGUGCCAGGCAAGCCGUCUCUGGUCUACUGACGGCUGGUGCUGUUCGUGGAGUUAGAUAUCUUUCAAAUAAAAUGCACAAGGCUUGGAAAUCCUGGAUAUGAUCUUUCUAGUAUUUAACUUUUACGUACUUCUUUUGUAGAACUAGAGCGGUUUUCCUUUGCAAAGCGAGUGUUUCAUGAAAGAAAAUCUAGGAGGGGAUGAAACAUUGAUCUCUCGAGGCUGUAGAAGAAGUUUUGUGACUUUGAUGUAGGAAUGUAUAUCUCUUUUUUCUUUUGGGUUUUAUUUAUUUCUUUCUUUUGUAGAUUUUAAGAUUCCGAGCAUAAAUUAAUUUUAAUUUUUACCUUUUUCCUUUUCCUCUUA